AUGAGUCGCCGAAUCAAGCGCGCCCGCCUCGAGGGCAUCGACGAAGCCGAAGCGUCGGCCGAACUCGUCGGCCGUGCGCUGCGAAAGCGGCCGGAACGCCGCUCCGACUCCGCCCCUUCGGCGGUCGGUGGGCCCGCCCGCAAGCGUCGAGUCCAGAAGAAGAGACGCGAUUCGUCUUCCUCACGCUCUUCCGGCUCCCUCGAUUCACCCAUUCCACGCAACAUCAUGAACGGUGAGUUCGGGUUCGAGGGUUCUGGAGAAGUUUGAAAGGUUAUGAUGAGGUUAAUAGUAUAGAGAGAGAAAGGAGUAGAGAUGUUGAGGUAUAGUUUGCAAAAUAUAUCUGAAUUCCCUGUUGACUAUACGGAGUGUUUUGUGUAACAACAAUGAAGUGUGAGUUUAGGUUCAGGAGCUCUGGUGGUUUUUUAAGGUUAGCACUGGCUAAUUAAAAAAAUUUUUUAAAUGGGUAUGAUAUUAUCUAUAAUAGUGUCUUAUACUGCAGCUACUUUGAGGUUAGGACUAAGGCAAAGGCUACAAGAAGGGUUAUGGCUCAUACUAUAGUCUAUAGAUAGGAGAGAGCUAGUGCUGAAACUAGAGUUAGAGGUAUGGCUAGUGAUGGAGUUAGAGAUAGAGCUGGGGUUAGGUCUAGAGCUAGGGCUGAAGCUAGAGUUUGAGCUAGAGCCAGGAUAAUAGCUAGUGCUGGAGCUAGGGCUAUGGCAAUGUUUAAAGCAAGGCAAGGUCAAUGUAAGCCUAAGACUAAGGGUUGUGCUAAAUUUUUGCUGCCCUAGGUACUGUAACAAAAAAUUACAGUACCGAGCCUUUAAAAACUGUAAUUUUUUAAUUUUUGAAAUUAUUUAGCAUCACAAGAACAAAUAACAUUCUUGUGAUAAGUUUAAUGUCAUGAAAACACAUUUUUCGUCUAUGUUUUGGCCAUACAAUAACAACAUUAUAUGGCUUUGAUAUUGUCAAAAUACUAUGCUUUUUUAAUAUCAUAUUAGAAAUAUCAUUAGAUGAGAUUAAUUUUGAAUUAUUAUUAUAUUUUCGUGAUUUGAAGUUGCAAAUGGCUUGAUACAAAACAAUCUUUAAUUUUACGCAGUAACGAUACUAUAUAGUAGUACAAAAUUCAUUGAUUAGUAUGAAGUUCAUAAAUUAGUUCAAAAACUAACUUUUUUUAAAACCAAAAAUCUAGUUUCAUGCUACAAUAUAAAACUACAUUAUAGUACGUAAUAGUCUAACCAACACUUGUAAUUAGUAUUAAUGAGUACUUUUGUGUAACAUAAAAUUAUAGUCAACUUGAUUACGUUUUAUAUAACUGUACAUGAAUAUGACAGCUAAAGUGCGUCUAAAGACUAAGUUUUGGGUUCAUAAAAUUAUAGUAUAAAGUACUGUAACUAGGGCUAUACGGAGGCAGUUUUUUUUUGGAGGGAGGAGGGGAAGCAGGAAGAAGGAUAAGUUGGGUAGGGAAGACCAGGGCAGGGCAGGGCAUGGUAAAACAAGGCAAGGAGAGAAGGGCGAGGAAAGGCAAGGCAAGGCAAGGCAAGGCAAGGAAAGGCAAGGCAAGGCAAGGCAAGGCACGGCAAGGCAAGGAAAGGCAAGGAAAGGCAAGGCAAGGCAAGGCAGGGCAGGAAAAAAAUUGCAUGGCAGGGUAGGUCAAAAAUAUUUUUUAAUUUCAAUAGGGACCACGUUAAACUUUUUUUCCAAAAAAAAUUUUUUAGGGGGGGUUGGAAAAAAAUUAAAGUUUGUGAAACAUUUGAAAUUUUGAUAAGUUCACGUUCAUUCGUAGAGCAUAUGUGCCGUUAUUCACAUUUUCUAUUGCAAAAGAUGGAUUAAGAGAUUGUUUUAGACGCUUCGACGUCAUGGCUUUUAGGAAAAGUGCUGUCACUGUUUCAAGCUUUAAAUUGGGUUUUUGACUCGACAAAGAUGUGUACAGUAGCCAAUAGAAAGACAUUACCUAAGAAGAAAUUUUAAAUUUAAAAAAAUUGAUUUUAUAGUCAUAUGUUGCCUAAAUUUAAACUUUUUUAACUAAAAAUUUGAAAUUACAAAAAAAUUUAAAUUUCAAAAAUUUCAGCCUGGGAUUACGACGAUGAGGGCGAUUGCGGCCCAAAACAUUGGCCCGGCCAAAUCGACGGCAAACAACAAUCGCCUAUCGACCUAAAACUGUCAAAGAUGAAAGUCGUCAGCCUGGAUGACCAUUUCAUUUUUGAAAACUAUGACAAGGUUUUGGUCGGAGAAUUUGUGAAUAAUGGACAUUCAGUCCAGUUCAUACCUGAUGAUGGCCAAGACAUCCCAACAGUAUCCGGUGGUAUGUUGGACCAAAAGUACCGGUUCGUACAGUACCACUACCAUUGGGGACAACAUGAAGGAGGUAAGAGUGAGGGGUCUUUUCAUUGUUAGGAAUAGGGAUAAAGCUAUGGCUUGGACUAAGGUUCUGGGUUAGGGCUCUGGGCUAGGGCUCUGGGCUAGACCUCUGGGCUAGGGCUCUGGGCUAGGGCUCUGGGCUAGGGCUCUAGGCUAGGGUUCUGGACUAGGGUUCUGGUCUAGGGCUCUGGGCUAGGGCUCUGGGCUAAGGUUCUGCGCUAGGGCUCUGGGCUAGGGCUCGGGGCUAAGGCUCUGCGCUAAAGCGAUCAUGAUAGAACCAAGGUCUGGCUGAACUAAAAUGAUCUCUGUCUAAUUUCUGAUCAUUCCAACUACCUAUUUAUGACAUUAUUAAAUAGUACUGAAAAACCUUUUUUGAUUAAUACCUUUUUAACUGCAAUAAUUUAUGGCUUUGUUUACAAAGUAACUUUUUUCCCACUUUGCAGUAGAAGGAAUGGCCUUAAAAUGGCACAGCGACAAUAACAUAACAUUAAUCAAAUGGCCAAAAAGGAAAUUAACCAAAUUUUAUCGCUUUUUUGGCUAAUCAAUUCGUAAGCCAGUUUUUAGUUUUUGACCAAGAAAUUAAUGAAAAAAAAUUGCAAAAAUUUUGGAAUUUCAAAAAUUUUAAAUUUUAAAAAAAGUUAAAAAUAUGGAUUUUUUGAAGUGGAGUUGGUAUUUUAUUAUUUAUAACAGCAAGUCACACUACGGAGGCUAAGGAGAAGGCUUGGUUAGGUCUUGGAUAGGACUUGGCAAAGCUUGUCUAGGGAUUGUCAAGGCUUGGCCAGGGCUUGGCUAUAGCUAGCUCCAGCGCUACGGCUGGAGCUAAGGGUAGGGCUAGGGCUAAAGCUACAGUUAAAGCUAAGGCUAGGGCUAGAGCUAGGGCUAAACCUAGGGCUAGUGCUAGGGCUAAGGCUAAGGCUAUGGCUAGAGCUACAGUUAAAGCUAAGGCUAAGUCUAGUGCUAGGCUGAACUUUAAAAUUUGAGCCUAUUACUAUUUUUCAACACACUUUUUUGACAUUUCUUUCUUUAAAACUCCUAUAAUCUCUUUACCUAAAACAAUAUAUUUUUUUGACAUUUCUCUUUUUGGUCUCUUAUUAUUUCAACAAGUUCUUCAUCUAAAACAAUAUAAAUUUUUCGACAAAAAUCACACGCAAUCAACAAUUUUUUCACGCACUGUUCGACAAUAAAAGUUUUAUGUUUUAAGUUUUAAAUUCCACACAAUAAUGGGCGCUCAUAAAAGCAAAAGGUGAUAACAAACAGAUACGUGAGUCAGACUACAAUUGUUUCGAUCUGUAGCAGAGAUCACUUUGAAAAUGGCAGGGAAAAAAAUUUUUCAAAAUGAAACGCUUAAAUUAAAAAUUUUAAAAAAACUGAAUGACAUUACAACCUUUACCUACUUCAGGAUCCGAGCACACGAUCGGAGGACUCCGUUACCCCGCCGAACUUCACCUUGUCCACCAAGGCAUCGACGACCCCACCAAACUCGCCGUCUUGGGCGUUUUCCUAAAGACCGGCGAUCAAGAAGCUGCCCUCAAGGCCGAGGUCGACAUCCUGCCAAACAUUAUCGAAUGUGGCCAGAAAUGUCGUCUGGACAAGGGGGUCACACUUCAAGACAAACUACCUGAAUGCCCGUCCAGCUUCGCUAGGUAUGAUGGCAGUUUAACUACUCCACCUUGCUCGGAGAAUGUGGUCUGGACUGUUUUUACCGAUCCGGUUGAGGUUUCGGCUUAUCAAGUGAGUUGGUGUUUUGAUGUGAAUCAUUAGAUUUGCUUAAUUUUGCGCGAUUUUUGAUUAGAGGAAUGAAAAAAAUGAGAUAUUGAUGAUGAAAAAUUGAAAAUCAGGAUUUUCGUGGUAGUACCAUUUUUAAGAGGAGUUUUAAGGUUGAACUACUUAUUUAUAACUUGUCUUUUAUCUACAGUAAGAUUACUUUUUAAUUUUUUCGCUUUUAAGCUAAGAUAUUGAAAAUCAGGGUUUUCGUGGUGGGACCAAGUUAAAGUGAAAAUUGAAAUUUAAAAUACAGCUUUAUAUUUAACUUGCCUUAUCACUACAGCAAGGUUUUUUUUUUUAUUUUUUUUACUUUUUUAUCAAAAAUAUUGAAGAUCAAGGUUUUCGUGGUGGGACCUAAAAAUUUUAAUUUUUUACCUAGGGCGAGAUCUAAGACCAGGACUAUAACCAAAGCUACGUUUAAGCCUAGAGUUAAAGCUAGGGUUAAGGCUAGGGCUCUGUGUUAGGGCUCUGGGCUAGGGCUAGAGCUAGGUAUAAAGCGAGAGCUAGGGCUAGGACCAAAAAUCAUUUUUCUUUUUAAAACAAAGCCAUUAAAGACCUUAAAAAAUCAUUUCAACUUCCUUCCCACAACAAAACAAACACCGUGCCGUUCUUUUUGCACUCUGUUUGUAGACUUUUGGAGAUUUCCGGCAUUUCCAAGAUUAAAAAAGGUCUCUUCCCACGUUUCUCUUUUGUCUCUGACCGAAAUUACUUUCAGCUUGACCUGCUGCGAAACGUGAAAGACACUCGUGGCGCCGUUAUCCGAAAGAAUUAUCGACCGGUGCAGUCGUGGAACGACCGCAAAGUCUUUUUGGCGUGCUAA